AUGUCAGGAAUCUGUAGAAGUCGGCUCGCAGAGGAGAGAAAGCAAUGGCGCAAGGAUCACCCCUUCGGUUUCUACGCCAGACCCGAGAAGAAGAGCGAUGGAACCCUUGAUUUGAUGAACUGGCAGGUCGGCAUUCCUGGCAAACCCAGCACACCAUGGGAAGGCGGUGUCUACAAGCUCGUCCUCAUUUUCCCCGAAGAUUACCCCAGCAAGCCUCCAAAGUGCAAGUUUGUCCCUCCACUUUUCCAUCCUAACGUCUACCCAUCUGGAACUGUUUGCCUCUCUAUCCUGAACGAGGAGGAGGGAUGGAAGCCAGCAAUCACGAUCAAGCAGCAUGGACCUCUCUUUAACCCUGCUCUCCCUUCUCACUUUUACCAGAUAUUGCUGGGAAUCCAGGAUUUGUUGAACGACCCCAACCCCGAGAGUCCUGCUCAGUCCGAGGCCUAUGUGAUGUUCAAGAAGGACAAGGUCAGCUAUGAGAAGCGCGUGCGGCAGCAGGCCAAGGAGAACACUGCAUAG